AUGUUGGCCGUCCGCGACCAGGAAAACCUGGUAAACACUCACCAGACAGCCGCCGCGGCAAAACCUUUGAACCAAGGACUUCAUAGAGUACCACCGAAGACCCCCGGCAAGUCUGUGCCGCUCAAUGAUGAGAACAAUCCGCGUCUGUUUGGAAAGGGCACUAUCAAAGGCAACAAGAGUCGGCAAGAGAAUGGCAAGCCAGCGUCGAACGCGUUCGUGACGCCUGGAGAGACCAGACAACGCGCAGUUCUGGGUAACAAGACUACCAAUUUGAAGACCAAUGCCUUCAAGACGCCUGGCCCAUUUGGAGGAACGGGCAAGCAAGAGAAGACCAACAACCGCAGAACCUCGACGGCGCAGAGGAUCAAACGAGCUGCUCCCGUCACUCAGCAGGCUCAGACCAAGGUGUUCACGGAUGUGACUCAUGAUGAGGUGCCGGACAUUGAAUACAUGCCUCCCAAACCUACUGGUGCGUGUACUUACCCUUUAAUCGCCCUUUUUACUCCCUGGGCAGGUCACUCACAGCUCGUAGAUCUUCUGGAUGAACCCGAUGAUGUCACAUAUGACACAACAUUCCCUCAAUUCCAGCCUAAAAAUCGAGCUUUGGGACUCGAAAGCGUCUACGGCCAGCAUGAUCACGGUAGCGAUGGCCUGACGAAGAAACAGCGCAAAUUUUUGGAAGACUCUGCCAAAUGUGACGCUCUGGUCAAUGAGACAAUUAUGAGACAGCUUGAAGCCGUCAGAUUUUCGGAGUUCACCGAAACAGCGCCUACUCAAGCUACGCGUCAACCAUUACAGCACACUCACCGUCGGGCCCCUUCAAGCAAUGUGCGACCGACUCGACCCGUUUCCACUUUGCGCUCGCGCGAGGCCGCUGCGGCUCUUGCCAUGCCCCGUCCUAGUACCGCUCCUGGCCAGCCCAUAGCAGUGCCCAAGUCCCGCGUGGUGUCGGCUUCAUCCAGCCUCCUCUCCCAGCAGAAGCCUCGCGCUCCAACCAAUCCUUCUUCUAUGCGUAAUGCUGCAGCUGCAGCUACUUCUAACACGACUGUGGGCUACUCUAAAGGUCGCAGUGUCUCGUCGACCUUGCGUGAGACUACUACUGCUCGGCGAGCUGCAAGCGCAGAGACAUUAUUGUCCCCCGAAACCUACAUUCAGUUGUAUGGUAAGCCUCCUCUGGACUCGGACAUGUGGAUUCGCUGCAAGGCUGCGGGCUGCUUUGAUGCUCCCGAGGAGUCUACUUCUUCACCGCAGCUGGAUAGCGAGCUACCCAUCUUCGAGGAAGAUGAGGAUGCCGCAAAUUUCCAGCUUGCUCUGUAA